AAAGUUUUGCAACUAGACUGUUUAUAAUUUAGCGCCUAGCUCCCUUCAACCGCGGGAAUCAUCCACGCAGAAGAAUGAAGACUUGAACCCAACCGCCGUGCUGUUUCCUGGAGUCGCCUGCAAUAUCUUUUAAGAAUAUAUAUAGCCUGUUAAAACGGCAUUUGGAUUGAUUCCCACCAAUAUAGAUAUAUGCUGUUCAGCCAUAAGCCCCUUGGUGAAGAAACAGAGAUAAAUUCACUAUGCCCAGCUCUUGCAAAGAUAUCCGCCUCGCACUGGCGCAAUGCUUGCAGCAAUCCGAUUGUAUAAUGGUCCAAGGCAAAACACCGCAAGAGUGCCUCCAACCCCCCUACCUCGAUACCCUGCCCGUGAAAUGCCAGCAACUGCGCAAAGGCCUUAGUGAUUGCAAACGAGGGAUGGUAGACAUGCGCAAACGGUUCCGCGGCAACCAGCCUAUAGCCCUGGGCAGCGAAGUCGACCCCGCAACUGGCGAAGUUAUCAACAAGUCGAAGCCUGUCGGACAGCUGUAUGGCGGCAAACCCGCCUUCCAAAGUGUCAAGGAGAUCAGUGGCGACGAGGUCCAGAUGGAUCCGGAAAAGACGAGAGGAUUAUAAGUGUUGCGGGGUUAGGGGAGUGAGGUAACUUUUGGCCGGUUUUGCUAGGCGGGGGAGGAGGAGGAGGUAAGCGGACGAUGACAGGGCAGGGAUGGUAAGAGGAGAGCGCUGCUGGGAAGUGUAUGAUAUAUUUUUACGAUGAGAGAUGAGAGUGGCACGAUCGAUCGUCUUAAGCAUAGGGCCAUAGGCGGCGUUGUUGUCUUCGGGAUACAUAUCAUUUUUGGGGCAUUGGCGUUUUGGAAUUUUUUUUCUUUUGGGAUGAUUGUGCAGCUAUUUUGAGCCCACCAAGCCAGCUAUGAUGUACAGUACAUACGGACGGAUACGCCUCACAUAAAUAGCGCGCCUUUGAUUGAGUGUAUAAUUAUAGACCAUUGCGAUGAGUUACCAAAACCAAAAAUCGUUUCUUCACCAGGAACUCCCUAGCUUGAUUAUAAUAGAGAUACUGGUAUGACUGCUAACAUUCCCGACACCAAUUCAUCUCUUUCUCUUUUUAUGUGGAUCUAAAAGUAUAAAAAAAUAU